AUGCGGAUCCCAGGGCCGUUAGAGUCCUUGAGCAAUCCGGACGGUGAGGUAGUCUUCUUUACCGAUGCCUUCAAGCAUGGGCUUCGGCUGAGGGCGAAGAGUGCCGAUCAGGGGGGAUGGGUGCAGUCGAAUUGUCUUUCGACAGGGCAGAGGGGGCACUUCGUGGUUGGGGUGCCGAGCUCCCAGAAGACAUGGCAUCGGCGUCGUGUGCUGGUGUCUGGAGCCUGGGAAUCAUCACCAAAUGUGAUCGUUGAGAGGCACAUUCCCACAACCUUUCAGACAGUCGGUAGGCCUAUAGAAUGCCGUUCGGUAGCCUUGAAACGACCAGAAUUGUACUGUCGUAUUGUAGUGUCCUUGAAACGACCGAUCGCGACAAAAAGGGAGGUUGAAAUAAUCGAGCGUGUACGGUCGAAAAUUGCCAAAGAAGAACGUGUGGGCUUGAUCAGUGAGGCCGAGCAUGCUAGGAAGCAGAAGGAGAAAGAAGAAGAGCAGAGGAGGAAAAUGGCUAGUGGUAGGGCGAUGAAUGAAGCCACAAGGAGGCGGCUAGAGUCGCAGGCCCCCAAAAGAAGAAGAAACACGACUCACUAA